AUGAACACCGGUAUUUCGCCCAAACAGGACGACGCCUCUAACUCCAACCUACUCAACAUAGGCCAAGACCAUUCGCUGCAGUAUCAAGGUCUCGAACACAACGACUCUCAGUACAGAGAUGCUUCUCACCAGACAUCUCACCAAUACUUGAACCAGUUUCAAACUCAGCCUCCACAACAACAACAACAACAGCAACAACAGCAACAACAACAACAAGCGCCUUAUCAAGGUCACUUUCAGCAGUCACCGCAACAACAACAGCAAAAUGUUUAUUUUCCACCACCUCCACAAUCGUUGAGACAGCCUACUUCGCAGUCGCAACAACAACAACAAUACGCUAAUUCGAACUCAAACCCGAACAACAAUGUUAAUGUUAACGCGAUACCUCAGGAUUUCGGCUAUAUGCAACCAACGAUCAAUCAGCAACAAUUUUCGGAACUAUACAACUCCUUUCUAAGUCAUUUGACUCAGAAACAGACAAACCCUUCGGUCACAGGUACGGGCGCGUCUGGCAACAACAACAGUAACAACAACAACAACAAUAACACCAGUAGCGGCAAUAAUAGCACUGGCAGUAAUCCUGCGCAACUGGCAGCCUCUCAAUUGAACCCGGCAACGGCUGCGGCUGCAGCCGCAAACAAUGCCGCUGGCCCAGCUUCAUACAUGUCUCAACUUCCUCAAGUGCAAAGAUACUACUCGAACAACAUGAACGCUCUGUCUAAUCUUUUAGACCCUUCCUCUGCUAAUGCCGCAGGGAAUGCUAACUCCGCUACUCACCCUGGUCUGUUGCCACCUAACUUGACACCUCAGUUGACCCACCACCAGCAACAGAUGCAGCAACAGCAACUGCAAUUACAACAACAACAGCAGUUACAUCAGCAGCAACAGCUACAACAACAGCAACAGCUACAACAACAGCACCAGUUGCAACAACAACAACAACAACAACAGCACCAUCUGCAACAGCAACACCAACAGCAGCAACAGCAUCCAGUGGUGAAGAAACUAUCUUCGACGCAAAGCAGGAUUGAGAGGAGAAAACAACUAAAGAAGCAAGGCCCCAAAAGACCUUCUUCCGCCUAUUUCCUGUUUUCAAUGUCUAUAAGAAAUGAGCUGCUCCAACAAUUUCCUGAAGCGAAAGUUCCUGAAUUGUCUAAAUUAGCUUCUGCAAGGUGGAAAGAGUUGACGGAUGAUCAAAAAAAACCAUUCUAUGAGGAGUUUAGAACCAAUUGGGAAAAGUACAGAGUGGUAAGAGACGCUUACGAGAAGACUUUACCCCCAAAAAGACCCUCUGGUCCCUUUAUCCAAUUCACUCAAGAGAUUAGACCUACCGUCGUCAAGGAGAAUCCUGAUAAGGGCUUAAUCGAAAUUACCAAGAUAAUCGGUGAAAGAUGGCGUGAGUUAGAUCCUGCCAAAAAGGCAGAAUACACCGAAACGUACAAGAAGAGAUUAAAGGAAUGGGAAAGUUGUUAUCCCGACGAAAACGACCCAAACGGUAACCCAACCACCCAUUCACACAAGGCCAUGAACAUGAAUUUGAAUAUGGACACUAAAAUCAUGGAGAACCAAGACAGCAUUGAGCACAUCACGGCAAAUGCCAUCGAUUCAGUUACCGGAAACAACAGUAACAGUACCAACCCAAACACGCCUGUUUCUCCUCCGAUUUCUUUACAGCAACAGCCGCUUCAACAACAACAACAACAACAGCACAUGUUGUUGGCUGACCCCACUGCAAAUGGCUCAAUCAUAAAAAAUGAAUAA